AUGGAGGAAGCAGAUAGGUUGGUUGAGCUGCUUUUCCGGUGGCAAAAAAAACAGGAAGCUUGUGCUGAUAAGCUUCUGGACAUAGCAAAAGAGCUGGAGAGUAUUCAAUGCACAAGCAACACAGUUCAGAUAGUUGGAAAUGCCACAGCUGUGGUCGGCUUUGCUGCAGCUGCAGUUGCCACAUUCCUUACAGCAGGCCUGGCUGCCCCUAUAGCAAUUGGGGGAGCAAUUGGAUCAGUUGGCACAGCUGUAAGCUUCUCCUCCAUAGCGAUAGAGACUAUCGCAUCCAGCUUGAACAUGAAGGACGCUCAGAAAAUUAUUAAAGAAGUUGAGGAAAUUGGAGAAGAGAUCCAAGGGCUACUGAUAAAAUUGAAUGACCAGUGUGCCAGGCAUGUGCUUGGAGCUCAUUCUUCUGCAGAGUCCUUUGAUAAUGAACAGAGUGAGGUGAUCUCUCAAGUAAUGGGAGCACUGGCCAGAAGAAAUAGGAUUGACAUGCCUCUUGACCUUCUCAGGAGCUUCAACAAAGCCAUAUUCUCUCAUCAGCAGACCUUAGAUGAACAUAGACUUCAUGUUACAUCGAGCUGGAUGUCUGGGGCUUUAACCACAUUUCUUUUCUUUACACUGCAAUCAGCCUUAAAAGUAUCAGCCAAAAAAGGCGUCAAGGAUCUUGGAGUCAUUGGUUUAAAAACCUUCAUGAAAAGAUCAGCUCUGGUUGUUGGUAGUUCUUUAGCUGUGAUUCUGUCCAUCUUUGACUUAGUUAAAAACUUUAAAAAGAUAGGAAGCAAUUACGUGACCAACGCCAGCCAGUCCCUGCGAGAUGCAGCCAGAAAAAUGAAGGAGGAUAAAAAAACUCUAAAGGAAAAGUUGGAUGCACUGCUGGACAUCAUCAAAAAAUUAUUACAUCUGAAGAAAUGUAUCCAAAACCUAGGUGAUUACUCACUCGAUAUGAGUGAAGAUGAAGAGGAAAUAGUGAAUUACAUCCAAGCAACAUGCGAUGACCCCAUCAUUAUUUCCUGGCUGAACACAAGAGUGCAUAAGACUGAUCUUUUGAAUUUUCUUCGGUAUGUGAAGAAAAAUCUUGAUAAGGAAAUAAGGCAGCGAAACAGAAGAGACAUACACAUUGUGUUUGUGAGUCAUGGUUGGAUUAAUAACCGGUUUGUGCCAGCAGCUAGCUUGGUGCAAGCUAACAUCAAUGAUACUGUUCUCUACUCUCCAUGGAACUGCUUAAUUGAUGCAAAUGCUGCAUAUGGCAUUGCUCAAGGGUGCAUCAGACUUCAACAAAGACGCUUAUACUUUCGUUGGAGAGAGCCUAACACCCACCAUUACCCUUUACCCCAGCACUGGAAUUCCAUGCGUAGAUCCACACAUUACAUCCCACAAAUUUUACUUGGACCUGUGGGAGAGGAGGAACAAAUAUGGAAUGCUUUUCAUGAAAUUGGAGGGUCCCUGCAAAGCUGUGAUCGUAUCAUCAUCCCAUACCUUGUCCCAGAAAACUUGCAAAAACAUUUCUCAGUCCUCCAUUUCCAGACGGUCAUAUCUGUGUUAUCAUUGGUACUCGUGACUACACAAACAAGAGCCACUGUGCAUCUGGCUGCUUGUUUGGGACGUAAUAAAACCCCUUGGAUGGAGGAAGAAUGGAAUAGACAGUAUGCCUAUACACUCGACGAAACCUACAUGACUAUCAAUUUGGAUGAGGAUGUGGACCCUUCACUAUUCCAAGCAUUCAAGUUAAUGUUUGGCAUCCAGGGUGGUCAAAGGUGAUACCGAAGUGAACAGCGUUAAGAUGUGAUCUUCACCAGUAAAAACCUGUUGAAUGUUGAAUGACAAAGCUCAUACAACUUGUAACCAAAGAUGUUGUAAUUUAAAGGAUUUGUAAUGUUGCAUUUAAAUGACUUUCAAGUAUGCUUUUCUCAUUUGUGCAAGAGUUCCACAACAGGUAUUCAACUCAACAUAGCACACAUUCUUAUGUCAUUUGGUGAAAUAGUUUUUACAGUACUGUAAAAUACUGCCAUUGAUUCAGUAUAUUUCAUGUUAGAAUAAUCACUCCUACGUGUUUAUAUGUUUAUAUCUAUUUCCAUACACAGUCAUAUAUGUCAAUUUUGCAAGACUGCAGUCUAUUUCAAGGAAAAACAACUUUGUAAUCACUGGUUCAGCAUAAUGCAAUAAUGAAAUAUUUGCUUUCUGUUAGACUUUCUUUGCUUAUCUCAUGUUAGUUAACCAGAGUGUUAGUUGAUGUUAUAUUGCUUAAUAUUCUUGAAACAGUGUUGUUAAAACAGCAUGUAUGAUACACCUGCCUGAACUUGCAUCUAUAUGCUUGUAAUUACUUCAUGUCAUUCUGUAUCACGGGAAGUAUUAAUGAAAUAAAUUAAUUUACCAUAACGUUACUGGA